AUGACCAAAGAGGCGGAGGCCGCGCCGUAUAACGACAACGACACCGAUUCCUCUAGUGCCGGAAACUCGCAAGAUGAAGCUGACAUGCAUCGGAUGGGGAAGGCUCAACAAACUCGCCGCAAUUUUGGACUGAUCCCCAUGCUAGGAUUCACGACGAUUAUGCUAUGUUCUUGGGAAUCAGCCUAUCCUUUCUUUUUGACAGGAUUCAUCAAUGGAGGCGGUCCCACGCUGAUCUAUGGUUACCUGUUCUGCUGGCUCGGCUCACUAGCAACGUGCGCAUCCAUAUCUGAAAUGGCUUCGAUGUACCCAACCUCAGGCGGACAGUACCAUUGGGUGGCUCUGCUUUCUCCUCCAAGGUACGCCAAUUUUCUGAGCUGGCUCACUGGUUGGGUUUCUGCAAUCGGAUGGCAAGCGGGAGCAUCGUCCGGCACAUUUCUGGGAGGGACGCUGAUCCAGGGCCUUCUGGUCUUGAACGAUCCAUCGUACAACUACAAGCGCUGGCAUGGGACGCUGCUGCUGUACGCUGUACUCUUGGUGGCGCUGUUCGUCAACACCAUUCUGAUCAAGCUUUUGCCUUACCUUGAAGGCCUAAUUCUGGUUUUGCACAUUGCCGGAUUCUUCGGCAUUCUGAUACCUCUGGUACAUCUCGCCCCGAUGAGCUCGGCACAAUUUGUGUUCGCCGACUUCCUCGAGGCGUCAGGGUAUCCUACAGGUCUCAACUUCUUCGUUGGGCUGACCACGAGUGCCGUCCUGUUCAUUGGGUAUGACGGUGCGGCUCAUAUGGCUGAGGAAGUGAAAAACGCGGCUGUAAAUGUACCUCGUUCGAUGUUCUUCACAAUCUGGAUCAACGGAGCUCUCGGGUUGGCGACGUUCAUAGCUCUGUUGUACUCCAUCGGCGAUAUCGAUGCCGCAAUCAGCUCGCCGACAGGCUGGCCGUUCACUGAGAUCUUCUAUCAAGCCACAAGGUCGAAGGGCGGCGCGACGGCGAUGACCUCGGUGCUGAUUGUGCUCAUUGUUUGUGCAACCUUUGGCUAUAUCGCAUCCGCGUCGAGGCAGCUGUGGGCGUUUGCCAGAGACCGCGGCGUUCCCGGCUGGCAACUCAUUUCGAAGGUCGAUCACAAGUUCGCUAUCCCCCUGUUCGCCAUCGGUGUCACGGCAAUCUGCAACGCGUUGCUGGCUCUAAUCAACAUUGGCUCAACGGUGGCCUUCAACGCCAUCAUCUCGGUGCUUGCUGCCGGACUAUUUUCAUCCUAUCUCAUCACGAUAGGACUACUCAUCCGUAAGCGCCUCGUCGGCGAGCCGCUGUACUUCGGACCGUGGCAUCUUGGCAGAUGGGGUUUGACGAUCAACAUCUUUGCCUGGCUGUACACUUUGCUCGUAAUGGUCUUCAGCUUCUUUCCUCCUGCCAUUCCGGUGACGGCCGUGAGCAUGAAUUGGAGCUGCGUCGUAUUUGGUGGCGUUGUAAUUUUUGGGUUGGUCUACUAUGCCGUCAUUGGUCGGAAGCAGUACAAUGGCCCUGUUAUAGACCGACGAGUCGUCGAGUCGAGAAGAACGGACUGA